AUGUGGGACAAAGUGGGGCAAUGUGGGACAAUGUGGGACAAAGUGGGACAAUGUGGGACAAAGUGGGGCAAUGUGGGACAAUGUGGGGCAAUGUGGGACAAAGUGGGACAAUGUGGGGCAAUGUGGGACAAUGUGGGGCAAUGUGGGACAAUGUCGGACAAUGUGGGACAAAGUGGGGCAAUGUGGGACAAAGUGGGGCAAUGUGGGACAAAGUGGGGCAAUGUGGGACAAUGUGGGGCAAUGUGGGACAAUGUGGGGCAAUGUGGGACAAUGUGGGACAAAGUGGGGCAAUGUGGGACAAUGUGGGGCAAUGUGGGACAAUGUGGGGCAAUGUGGGACAAUGUGGGGCGAUGUGGGACGAUGUGGGGCAAUGUGGGACAAAGUGGGACAAAGUGGGACAAUGUGGGGCAAUGUGGGGCAAUGUGGGACAAUGUGGGGCAAUGUGGGACAAUGUGGGACAAAGUGGGGCAAUGUUGGACAAAGUGGGGCAAUGUGGGACAAUGUGGGACAAAGUGGGGCAAUGUGAGGGCAAUGUGGGACAAAGUGGGGCAAUGUGGGACAAUGUGGGACAAAGUGGGGCAAUGUGGGGCAAUGUGGGGCAAUGUGGGACAAUGUGGGGAAAUGUGGGACAAAGUGGGGCAAUGUGGGACAAUGUAG